AACUGAAGAUAAAAUAUGAUAAUACGACAACUUGACUAUGAACUAUUUCUGUGGUUGUUCUUUGCAGGCUGGUCAUACAAUAAUGACAAUCCCCGCGAAGAAUGGCAUCUCAUCCCGGGUAGCUACUGCAAUGGAACCUCCCAGUCGCCUAUCAAUAUCAACACCAGCAUCGCCAUCCACAUUGAUCUUGGUUCCUUAUCUCCGGAUGGCUAUACCGAGGCUAACCCUAACUUGGAAAUUGUAAACAACGGGCAUGGAAUAACCGUCCAAUUGCAUGAAGCUGUUGAGGCCUUUUACACGCUCUCUGGGGGCGGUCUCCCUACUACCUACACAGCUUCCCAGUUUCACUUUCACUGGGGGUCUAUCAACUCUCAAGGCUCAGAACAUCUAAUUAACAGCAAUGCCUUCCCUGCAGAGUUGCACAUGGUUCACUACGACAGGGCCAAAUACGCCAAUCUCGGGGCAGCUUUAACAAGCUUGCAGUGGGAUGCAGUCACCGCAGUGGGUGUGAUGAUUCAGAUUGGCGAAGAUGAGAACACUGCUUUCAAGUCCGUCCUGGAUUACGUCAGCCAGAUCGCCAAUUACUCCUCGGGCAACACUUCCCUGAGCCUCCCAUCGUUUUCAAUCCGCAGCGUCUUGCCAUUUGACCUGGCCCGUUUCUACCGUUACAAUGGUUCCUUGACGGUGCCCAACUGCUACGAGUCCGUCAUCUGGAACGUCCUUGAAGAACCGAUCUCUAUCUCCCAGGCUCAGCUUGACACUUUACGCAACGUGUACGGCGACACCAGGGACAGCGCAGGCAAUUACGAAACCACCGUCAACAACUACCGUCUCGUCAACCCUCUGAAUGACCGCACACUCUAUUACAGCAGACCUGAGGACCAAGGUGAAGGAGACGAAACUUCUACUCCCGAGCCUACUGAUGGCGGUGCAGUUGCCAUCUCACCGAUGAGGGCACUGUUUAUUGUGGCACUUGCACUUUGUAUGUUGUUCAAUCGCUUUUAGAUUUAAUCAGACACCGACGUGGUUUUUUUUUCUUCUUCUUAUACUGGGAAAUUAAGUUAUUACGGAUUUAACAAUGAUGAAUAAUUAAACACAAUAUUCCUGCCAAAUCUAAUAGCUUUCACUGAUGGGGGGGGGGGUGGUGCUUGACCUUAAAAGAAACUCAUUUCAAUUUGAUUUGUAAUGAUUGGUUGGUACAUGUUUAAUGAACUUUUUUAUUUAUAAUGAAUAGGACUUCAGUUUCUGAAUGUUAAUGGAAGUGAAUCUGAUCGCUUUGAGAAAAUAAAUGAAAAUAUGAGUAAUGUAUUUGACAGUAUAAACAAUAUCCCUUUUUCUGUUCGACAAUUGUCAACAACAAAAAAAUGAGUUUAUUUGAUUGAUCUCCCUAGAUGUAAACUUUGAUUGUGAAUCAUGUGAAUCUUUGUGUCGAUGUUACUGAGGUCUUAACGGUAACUUUUAAAAAUUUCUUACAGUACUGUUGGCUCUUAUAAAUGUACGUCUUUCUGUGUAUGAAAUAUAUUAGACAUUAUUGUGUGAUUAUCAUAACAAUAGAAGAAUAUAGUAUUUGUGUCAAGCAGAUAAAUUAACCGUCGUUCACUGAGGGGAACCAGUCAAACGAUUUCAACAAUACAGUAGUUAAUUUUAUAGGAAAGUAUUCAUAUAUCUCUGUGUGAAACAUUAGUGUUAGUAUGUACUAAUUAUUUGUGUCGCGAAAAUGGUCCUUAAUAUUUACAUUUGCUUUGUAAUACUCUCAUUGUGUACUGGACCAACUAUAUACAUAGGCUUUACCGGUUUUAUUUUGUACAUAUAUUGAUAUCGGGGCUCGAAAUGUGCUAUAUUUGAUUAGCAUGAUUU